AUGGCGCCGCAUCCUUUGACAGCAUUGUCCCGAGACGAGUUCAAGACGGCGCGGGACAUUGUGACGAACCUGUACGGCUCCGAUUCUAGUCUCUUUUAUCGGGCCAUCUUCCUACAGGAACCCAAGAAGGCCGAGCUGGUGCCGUUCCUCCAAGCCGAGCACGCAGGAACCAUCACAGACGAGACGCCGCGACCUCCACGCCUGGCGAGGCUUCAGUACGAUGUCAUCAGGACCAGUAAGUUGCCCGAGCACACCCAGUCCGUCGUGGACUUGGGUUCGGGCAAAGAAGUCGAUAGGACCGUCGCCGGGCCGCAUUCCCACCCCGGUUAUCUCCCCGACGAAUUUGCGCUAUUCCAAGACGCCUGCGUGGCAUCCCAGCUCUUCAAAGACGCCAUGGCCGACUUCUCCCUCCCGGAAGGCUUCACCGUCACCAUAGACCCUUGGCCAUACGGCGGCCCGGACGAAGGCGAGGACAUCCCGUCGUACAUGCAGGGCCUCGUCUUCGCGCGCGACGCCUCCAAGGACAACCUCGACUCGAACCACUACGGUUACCCGAUCCCGAUUAUCCCCGUUAUGGAUUUCACCACCAAGGAGAUUGUCCGCAUCGACCGCCUUGCUACGGGCGGCGCCGGCGACGGCCUCAACCCCCGGCCGCCGUCCUCCAAACCGAGGCCGCUAUUCGUCAACGCCAGAUCUUCUGCCUCCUCCGAGUACGUUCCCGAGCUCCUCGACAUGCCGCAGCGCGCGGACCUCAAGCCCAUCAACAUCACCCAGCCCGAGGGCGCCUCCUUCAGGGUCCACGCCGACAACCUCGUCGAGUGGCAGAAGUGGCGGUUCCGACUCGGCUUCACGCCGCGUGAGGGCGCCGUCCUGCACGACCUCUGCUACGACGGCCGCCCUGUGCUCUACCGCCUCAGCUACAGCGAGCUGACGGUGCCGUACGGCGACCCGCGGCCGCCGUUCCAGCGCAAGCAGGCCUUCGACCUCGGCGACGGCGGCUUCGGCCGCGUCGCCAACAACCUCGAGCUCGGCUGCGAUUGCCUCGGCGCCAUCCACUAUCUCGACGCGCUGCUGGCCGACACGGAGGGCAACCCGACGAUCGCCAAGGCCGUCGCGUGCCUGCACGAGCAGGACAACGGCAUCGGGUGGAAACACACCAACUUCCGCACGAACCGCGCCGUCGUCACGAGGCUGCGCGAGUUCGUUGUCCAGUGCGUCGUCACGCUGGCCAACUACGAGUACGUUUUCGCCUACAAGCUCGACACGGCGGGCGGCAUCACGCUUGAGACGCGCGCGACGGGCGUCAUGAGCGUCGUGGCCGUGGACGAGGGCGCCGCGGCGUCCGACUACGGCGCCGUCGUCGCGCCCGGCGUGCUGGCGCAGAACCACCAGCACAUCUUCGCCGUGCGCAUCGACCCGGCCGUCGACUCGUACGAGGCCGGGGCCACGCGCGUCGUCGUCGAGGAGAGCGUCCCCGUGCCCCUCGACGCUGCGACGAACCCGCACGGCAACUACUACGAGGUCCGCAAGUCAGUCGUCGAGAGGGCGCGCUGGAUCGACGCGGAACCGCGGCUGAACCGGGUUGUCAAGUUUGAGAACACGACGAAGCGCAACGCCGUGUCCGGACGCAACGUCGGGUUCAAGCUGACGCCGUCGGCUUCGCAGCUGCUGCUGGCGGACGAGCGGAGCCAGGUGUCCCGAAGGGCCAAGUUCGCGCGGCACCACGUCUGGGUCACGGGGUACCGCGACGACGAGCUCUGGGCGGCGGGAGAGUUUACGAACCAGAGCAUCGAGGAGGUCGGCGGGGUGUGGGACAUGGUCGCAAGGGGGGACUGGUUCGGUGAUGGUGGUCAUGGAGAGAAUGGAGAGACUGGUGAUGGUGGUGAGGGGGAAAAGAGCAGUCCCGUUGUCUGGAGCGUGUUCGGGUUGACGCACAACCCGCGCGUCGAGGACUGGCCUGUGAUGCCCGUCGAGAUUCACCACAUGAACAUCCGCCCCGCCGACUUCUUCACAGCAAACCCGGCACUUGACGUGCCGAGCACACGGAACACGGCGAGCGUCAUUGUCCCGUGUUGCGGGCAGCAGAAGACGGACUCGGGUAACGGGGCGGACGGAGAUGACGGGGACGGACAAAGGGUGCAGAGGGCGGCGUUGACGCAUCUCCAGGGGCCGGGCCCGGAUAUCCCGGCGCGCGAGGCGGGCGCGCACGUCGAGGGGAGGGGAUGA